AUGGCAAAACUCUUACUGGGUUGGCUACCAGGUGAGUUCAGAUACCACGUGUGCCAGUAUGAAGAGGUGGUUUCACUGGGGGACCACACUGGUUUUGAGGCCACUUUGAGGCUGGAUGUCCACACUGUGGAACAGGUCAAGGAGUGGGUACAAAAGCUGAAGGGGUCAUCAGGGGUGACAUGGAGGGUGGAUGUUACCCGACCCAGGUUGGGGAAGCGGGUGCUUUUCAAAGCAAGUUAUAAGUGUCAGCAUAGGGUGAACCCGAGAGCAGCCAAAAGCAGCAAGAACACCUGCUGUCAAGCAAAAAUGCACACGACACUCAAGAGUACUCGUGGGGAAAUGAAGCACAACCACAAUCUUUUUGUUGCGGACGCCAUCCGCCACCGAGAUGUUGGGUUAAAGGCAAACAACAUACUCACAGGGCUCUUUGAAAUUGGCCACACUCCAACAUCUGCACUGUCGGUCCUGAAACACGACCUCCAAAUGGAGUAUGGGCAGCGUUAUGUGUACGUGUCGGCCAACAGGGAGAUUUGCCCCGACCUGCCUUAUGUACAGAGACUGUUCCACAAGGUGUGUAGGGAGGAGUAUGGCACGCAAACAGGUCCCACGAUGUUGGCAGCGCUCAAGCUUCAAGUGGAGAGUUACAACAAUAAGUGUAAUGACACCUGUGCUCUCCUGGGAACAACUUCCCAGGGAGCUCCUCUUGUGGUUGUGUGUUCUCCACUUAUGAAGAAAGUGCACCAACUGAAGCACAGUGGGGAGCUGUGCUUCAUAGAUUCCUCAGGGAAUAUGGACAGGGAGAACUGCAGGGUAUUCCUCCUCCUGACCCACAGCUGUGCAGGUGGCCUCCCUCUGGGCAUUCUCCUCUGCCAGUCUGAGGAUGAGCAGACUAUUGCUCAAGGGCUGGAACAGCUCAAACAAGUUGUUGGAGAGAAGGGCUUUGCUGGCAGAGGACACGAAGGGCCACAACUGGUCAUCACAGAUGACUCCCAGCGGAUCAUCAUAGCUGCCAUCCACCUGGACACCCCGAGGUGCUGGAGAAAGCAAAACGGCGAUCAGGAACAUCCUCCACCCAGACCUCUGCUUCCACAAGUCCGGUUGGGUCGGAAACGCCCCCUGCCCUCCUGCCCCAACCCUCUGUUCCUCCAGUGGCUCACCGAGCUGCGGGACGCCGCCAAAGAGAAGGGCCUGAAGCUGCAGUACGUCUACCAGAAGGCCAUCAGCUCUUUGAACAAAUAUCCAUUGCCGCUUCAAAACGCCAAAGAGGCCAAAAUCCUGCAGAGCUUUGGAGACGGCAUCUGUAAAAUACUGGAUCAGAAACUGCAGCGAUAUCUCAGAGAGAACGGUCCAGACGCUCCGAUCCACUCUCUCCCUGAAGGAGCGCCCCAUGCUGGCCGACAGGACAACAACAGCCUGGAUCCAUCCAGAAAGAAGAAUGCAGCCGGGGAUCAAGGGAAAAACAAAGGAGGCGGAGGAGGGAGGAAGAAGAGGGAGUACAUUCCCCAGAGACGGUCUGGAGGUUACGCUGUUCUGCUCACACUGUACAGAGUGUCUCAGAUCCCAGGCAGCAAAGGCUACAUGUUUAAGAUGGAGCUCCAAGCAGAAGCUCAGCAACUCUGCGAUAAGUCCUUCACUGUGCCAGAUCUGGGCAGUAAGUACACGGCCUGGUCUUCAGUGAGCACUCUGAUCCAGAAGAACCUGGUGAUGAAGACCCACAACCCUGCAAGGUAUUCUCUGACAGAAGAGGGUCUGGCUUUAGGGGAGCGCCUCAAGUCUUUAGAGGGAACUAAAGGUCCAGAAGGAGACAGAGAGGAGGCCAGGAGUGAAGGAAACAAGCAGGAGGAGGGAGAGGAGGGUGGCCCGGGGUUUGUGGACCUCACUGUUAGUGAUGAUGACGAAGAGGAGAAGGAAGAGGAGAGAAUACAACCUACAGAGAGGCCGAUCUCCUCUGCCCAGCCGAGGGUUGUCGUUCCUGGGAUGUUCUUUUCAGGAAAACCUGUGUGUGUGUGUGUGUGUGUGUGUGUGUGUGUGUGUGUGUGUGUGUGUGUGUGUGUGUGUGUGUGUGUGUGUGUGUGUGUGUGUGUGUGUGUGUGUGUGUGUGUGUGUGUGUGUGUGUGUGUGUGUGUGUGUGUGUGUGUGUGUGUGUGUGUGUGUGUGUGUGUGUGUGUGCGCACGCGCGUGCGUGCGUGCGUGUGUUUCCUGAACUGUUGGUGUGUUUGUGAAGCGAAGCAGGAUCUGGUCAAAGAGCUGCAGAUGAACGGAGUGACGUUCGAUGUGAGGAAGCUCAACGUGGGAGAUUUCCUGUGGGUCGCUCGGGAAAAGGUCGCACCUAUUCCAGGUCAGUUGCGGACCCCCGUUGGCCGUGAGCUCGUCCUGGAUUACAUCAUCGAGAGAAAGAGGAUGGACGACCUGUGCGGCAGCAUCAUCGACGGGCGCUUCAGGGAACAGAAGGUUGUUGAUCGCUUCUUUGUGAAGAGAGUCCAGGAUGUGAGGGAGUCGAUGGCCUACCUCACUGUCAUGACUCGAUACCUGAAUAAACUCUACCAGAACUGUACGCUGACGUGUCGCUCCAGAGAGCUGGAGAGAGAGGAUGAGGAGGAGGAAGAGGAGAGAGGGACCCCCCCCUGCUCUCUUAUCUCUUUUGCAGAGUUCAACCACGGUGCAAUCAAAAACUGUGUGUGUGUGUGUGUGUGUGUGUGUGUGUGUGUGUGUGUGUGUGUGUGUGUGUGUGUGUGUGUGUGUCCAUAAAACC